AUGAGCCGCCAAUUCACCUGCAAGUCGGGAGCUGCCACCAAGGGGGGCUUCAGUGGCUGCUCAGCGGUGCUCUCAGGGGGCAGCUCAUCCUCCUACCGGGCAGGGGGCAAAGGGAUCAGCGGGGGCUUUGGAAGCCGGAGCCUCUACAGCCUGGGGGGCAUCCGGAAUAUCUCCUUCAACAUGACCAGCGGCAGCGGAAAGAGUGGAGGCUAUGGGUUUGGUCGAGGCCGGGCCAGUGGCUUUGCUGGCAGCAUGUUUGGCAGUGUGGCCCUGGGGCCUGUGUGUCCAUCUGUGUGCCCUCCAGGGGGCAUCCAUCAGGUCACUGUCAACGAAAGCCUCCUGGCCCCCCUCAAUGUGGAGCUGGACCCGGAGAUCCAGAAAGUGCGAGCCCAGGAGCGGGAGCAGAUCAAGGCUCUGAACAACAAGUUUGCCUCUUUCAUUGACAAGGUGCGGUUCCUGGAGCAGCAGAACCAGGUGCUGGAGACCAAGUGGGAGCUGCUGCAGCAGCUGGACCUGAACAACUGCAAGAACAACCUGGAGCCCAUCCUCGAGGGCUACAUCAGCAACCUGCGGAAGCAGCUGGAGACGCUGUCCGGGGACAGGGUGCGGCUGGACUCGGAGCUGAGGAGCGUGCGGGAUGUGGUGGAGGACUACAAGAAGAAGUAUGAGGAAGAAAUCAACAGGCGAACAGCUGCAGAGAAUGAGUUUGUGUUGCUCAAGAAGGAUGUGGAUGCUGCUUAUGCCAAUAAGGUUGAGCUUCAGGCCAAAGUGGACUCCAUGGACCAGGAGAUCAAGUUCUUCAAGUGUCUCUAUGAAGCCGAGAUUGCUCAGAUCCAGUCCCACAUCAGCGAUAUGUCCGUCAUCCUGUCCAUGGACAACAACCGGGAUCUGAACUUGGACAGCAUCAUUGAUGAGGUCCGUGCCCAGUAUGAGGAGAUCGCCCUGAAAAGCAAGGCCGAGGCCGAGGCGCUGUACCAGACCAAGUUCCAGGAGCUACAGCUGGCAGCUGGCCGGCACGGGGAUGACCUCAAGAACACCAAGAAUGAGAUCUCAGAGCUCACCCGGCUCAUCCAGAGAAUCCGCUCAGAGAUUGAGAAUGUGAAGAAGCAGGCUUCCAACCUGGAGACGGCCAUCGCGGAUGCUGAGCAGAGGGGUGACAAUGCCCUGAAGGACGCCCGGGCCAAGCUGGAUGAGCUGGAGUCCGCCCUGCACCAGGCCAAGGAGGAGCUGGCCCGGAUGCUGCGCGAGUACCAGGAGCUCAUGAGCCUGAAGCUGGCCCUGGACAUGGAGAUCGCCACCUACCGCAAGCUGCUGGAGAGCGAGGAGUGCAGGAUGUCAGGAGAAUUUCCCUCCCCAGUCAGCAUCUCUAUCAUCAGCAGCACCAGCGGCAGCGGCGGCUAUGGCUUCCGGCCCAGCUCCGUGAGCGGCGGCUACGUGGCCAGUAGCAGCAGCUGCAUCUCUGGCGUGUGCAGCGUCCGCGGCGGGGACGUCCGGGGCAGGGGCAGCAGCAGUGACUACAAAGAUACCCUGGGGAGGGGCUCCAGCCAGAGCACCUCCUCCAAGAAAGCCAGCAGGUAGAGAGGGCUGCCCCCUGCCCUCCCGCCACCCCUGCAUCCCCAGCUGUCUUCCACAUGCUCUGUCCCCCAGCCUGCUGUCAGCCCCCUCUCCACCCUGCCCUGCCAUUGUCCCUCUGGCCAUCACACUUCUCCCAGCCUGCGUCUUCCUGAGCCUGGACAGGUGUGGAUGGCUAAACUUGGUGAAAUUCCUCCUGGUACGUGCCUGGCAUUCAGUUUCUUGGCUGAGGUCCCCCAGCCAGGCGAUGGGCUCAGCUCCAGGCUCCUGGCCUUCCGCCUUGGACACAACAUCCCGCUUAGUCACUAACUACUCUGUCCGGCUACUGGAUCUCGGACCCAGGCCCCCCUCUCACACUGGGCCCUCAGUCCCAACAACUGCCUAUUCUGGGAGGGCCGAAGGACAAGAGAGCCCAGUCCCCACCACCUGGCCCCAUCUCACGGUUCAGGUCUCUCUUCUCUCUCCUGUAUCCAGAAACAGAAGAGGCAGCCCCUCCACAUCUCCUUUCUUCUUAGAGGUCCUCCCAUUGCAUCCUCAAUAAACAGCACGAUCU